GGGGAUUUCGCGGUCACCCACCUGACCAAAGCCCACCUCUUCUACGACGGUCGGAUCAAAUGGACGCCCCCCGCCAUCUACAAAAGCUCGUGCAGCAUCGACGUCACCUUCUUCCCCUUCGACCAACAGAACUGCACGAUGAAGUUCGGUUCGUGGACUUACGACAAGGCCAAGAUCGACCUAGAAAGCAUGCACCACCAUGUGGACCAACUGGAUUACUGGGAGAGCGGCGAAUGGGUGAUCAUCAAUGCUGUGGGCAACUACAACAUCAAGAAGUACGAGUGCUGUUCGGAGAUCUAUCCAGACAUCACCUAUUCCUUCAUCAUCCGGCGUCUCCCUCUGUUCUAUACCAUCAACUUGAUUAUUCCUUGUCUUCUGAUCUCGUGCUUGACCGUCUUGGUCUUCUACUUGCCCUCUGAGUGUGGGGAGAAGAUCACCCUAUGCAUCUCCGUCCUGCUGUCCUUGACUGUCUUCCUUCUUCUCAUCACCGAGAUCAUCCCCUCCACGUCCUUGGUCAUCCCCUUGAUCGGCGAGUACCUCCUCUUCACCAUGAUCUUCGUCACCUUGUCUAUCAUCAUCACCGUCUUCGUGCUCAACGUCCACCACCGUUCCCCCAGGACCCACACCAUGCCCGACUGGGUGCGGCGGGUUUUCCUGGAUGUCGUCCCGCGCCUCCUCUUCAUGAAGCGCCCUUCGGCAGUCAAGGACAACUGCAAGAAGCUCAUCGAGUCCAUGCACAAAAUAGCCAACUCGCAACGCUUUUGGUCGGAGACAGAAGUGGAGCCCAACUUUAUCACCUCGUCAUCCAACAGCCCGCCGAGCAAUGAACAGUCCCCGACGUCGUCCUUUGGGACCCAACUUGAGGACCAAAAAAGUCCACAGCCGGUGUGUAAGUCACCCUCUGGCCAGUAUUCAAUGCUGCCUAACCCAGAACCCAUCCGAGGUAGCUGCACCUCACUCCAGCCUCCCAGUCACCCGCUUGGAGACCUUCAGUCCGGCUCAAUGGGCCAAGGCCGAUCCUUAAGUGUCCAGCAGAUGUACAGCAGCUCAGGAAAAGCGGAAGAAGGGACCAUACGUUACCGAUCCAAGAGCAUCCAAUACUGCUACUUGCAAGAAGAGGCUUCCCAGACCAACGGCCAGUCCAGUGGGUCACCAGCGUCCCCGCAGGGCCACCUGAACGUGGACCAGCCUAAAGCCAAAGCCAUCCACUGUAAAUGUAAAUGUAAAAAGAAGGAAUCCGCCAGCACGUCGGGACAAGGGAGCAAAGCCCAUAAGGAGCAGCAGUUUUUGCUCAUGUCACCCGCCUUGAAGUUAGCCGUCGAAGGCGUGCAUUAUAUCGCAGACCACUUGAGAGCAGAAGACGCUGAUUUCUCAGCAGCAGGGAUAGGUGGUGGUCACGACAAUCCCCGCUACAUGGAACAGGCUGAAAAUGGGACACGUGGAGGCGGCAAAGGGUAG